AUGGACAAAUUAAGCCUAAGGGUUUCAAAUUUGAGGGAGGACACCGUUGAUAUGCGGUCUAUGGUCGAGGCCCACCACAUACAAAUCUCGAGACUACAUCAAGAUAUUUUUGUGGAUAGGGAGAUGAUUAGAAAUCUCCAAUUUCGUUUAGAAAUGGUGGAGUAUUGGGCUGAACAAAUUGGGAUUGGAAACUUCAACAUAAUAUUUCCGGCUGUAGAUGAAGAGUUGAUACAUCAGUAUCAACAAAUGGAGGUGGAUCCUCCAGAAGAACAACAACAGGUUGAAAAUCCUGUAAAUGGUGAAGAAAUGGAUGAAACUUGGAGUGAGGAAGAAGAGGUUGCAAUGGACAACCAGUAA